AUGUCUAUUCGCAGCAUUAUGGCAGAAGCUUUGGACACCAUCAUCAUCGGAGCUGGCUGGUCCGGUGCCGUUGCCGCCCGCGAGCUGGCAAGCAAGGGUCGGAAGGUCCUUGUCCUGGAAGCCAGAGACAGAAUUGGAGGACGUGCCAACACUUGGGCCAAGGGAGAUGUCAAGGUCGAUGUAGGCUGCAGCUGGAUCCAUGGGUACUUGGAGGGAAACCCUGCUAGAUACAUUGCUCAAGAUUUUGGCGUUAAGGCCGCCCAUCUUCCUAAGCCCGCUGAGGGUGUUGUUUAUGGCCCUAGUGGUCGGCUUUCCACUUCAGACGCCGAUAGCCUGCGUUCAUCACUCGGCGCCGCUCAGGCUUCCCUGAAGCUUCCUCAUCCGUCGCCUCCGCCAUCUGCUUCCCUCGCUUCAGCUCUUCUGGCCCCCAACUCGACGUUGUUCUCGACGGCCUCAAACGCGUCCCAGAAGGAGCUCGCUGUUGCUCUCGCUCGGUCCCUUGAGGUGCCUCUGGGUCUCAAGCUCGAGAAGGCUUCGUUGAAGUGGGCAGGCUGGGAAGGCACAACAGCAUUUGCCGGCUCCGAUGCCGCCCCCGAGGGAGGCUAUCAAGCAUUGGUCACCAAGGUCAUCGAAGACGCCAAGACCGAGGGUGUCGAGGUGAAGCUGAGCACCAAGAUUGGGGGCGUGGCACAGACUGAGGACGGUGUGGUUGUCGUUGACACCAGUGGCAACAAAUUCACCGCGAAGACGGCCAUUUCCACCAUUCCCCUUGGAGUUCUUAAGACUCUUCCUGAGAGCACCUUCAACCCGCCAUUACCGGCUCGAUUCCAGGAGGCGAUCAAGGGCACCCACGUCGGUGUCCUGGAAAAACUUCUGCUUCAGUACCCCACUGCCUGGUGGCCUGAAGCUGAGAAGACCGGCGGCUACACAUUCCUGCCUACUUCCAAGAAGCCGGUUACCGAGAGUUCGACACCUCUUGAGGUCUUUGAGGCUUCCACCCUGAUUACGGCGAACUUCGCGGGUCCCUCUCUCCCUGGCGCAAGCCCGACUCUCCUUACUUAUCUAUCCGAGACCCCUGCUACUGUCCUUCUGCGUCAUGACCCCAAGGAAGUCGCAGCUGCGUUCCACAAAUUCCUGGUCUCUCGAUUCCAGCCGUCAUCUCAGCCUCCUGAGCCGACUGAAACCAGCCUGACCAACUGGUUGACAGACGAAUUCUCUCGCGGUGCCACCACGACCCCUUCUAUUGUGUCGGAGAAUGGAGAGCGCAGCCCCCUUGACUUCAAGGAGCUAAGCAGACCGGUUUGGGAUGGGCGCCUUGGCUUUGCCGGAGAGCACACCGAGAUGGAGCACCGCGGCAGUGUUGCCGGAGCCGUCGUCAGCGGUUACAGAGAAGCCGAGCGUGUCGGAAGACUACUGAAGUUGUACGAGGAGAGCGCAAAGUUGUAG